UUUUCCCCACUUUUAUAUAAAUCUCAAAAACCACCAACUCAUAUUCCCUCUCACACCCGAAACUCCAUUACCCAAAAAUCAACACAAAGCUUUUUUUUCUCUUACAAUGGCUGCCACACAAAAAGAACACCAAGAAGAAACACACAUUGAAAUCGAUGUUUUAGAAGCUAUAUUCUCCCUCAUGCCACUCAUCGAACUUGUUCCUGCUUGUCAUGUCUCAAAGGUUUGGAACCAUGCUGUUUUCUCCUCACUCGCACACCUCAAACAAAUCAAACCAUGGCUCAUAAUUCUCACGCAAACCACACGCGCUUCGCGAGUGGUUACCGAACACGCUUACGACCCUCGCUCUCAUGCAUGGCUUCAGAUUAAGCACCAACCGUUGAUCACCAAAGCUAGUGAAUUCCCUACCGUUAGAUCAUCUCAUUCGACUCUUCUCUACACGUUGACCCCAUCGGAGUUCACUUUUUCCAUUGAUGCACUUCAUCUUAAAUGGCACCAUGCACCUUCACCGCGCGUGUGGCGCACGGACCCAAUAAUAGCGCGCGUUGGAAAUCAUGUAGUUGUCGCUGGUGGUGCGUGUGAGUUCGAGGAUGAUCCUCUUGCUGUAGAGAUGUAUAACAUGGAGAGUUCUGCUUGGGUUAGAUGCCAAUCAAUGCCGAAAAAGAUGAAGAAUACGUCGGCAUCCACGUGGCAGUCGGUUUCUGUCGUCGGAGAAACUAUGCUUGUGACGGAGAAAGAUUCCGGUGUGACAUACUCUUUCAAUGCUAUUGCAAUGAAAUGGGAAGGACCUUACUAUCUUUGUCCUGAUCAAAGUGUAUUCUACUGCGUCACCGGAACUUCAUCGGAGAAGUUGAUGGUGGUUGGAUUGGUGGGUGAAGCUGGGAAUGUUAGAGAGGUGAAGCUGUGGGAGGUUAAGGAUGGAUUAAGUUCGGGAAUGAAAGAAAUCGGUUCGAUGCCGAAGGAGAUGGUGGAGAAGCUGAAGGGUGAUUCAGAGUUUGGUUCAGUUGAAGUGAUUUGGGUUGGGGAUUUUGUUUACUUGCGGAACACGUUAGUACUAGAGGAGCUUGUUGUAUGUGAGGUUAUGAAUGGAAGUUUGUGUGAGUGGAGGAGUGUGAGGAAUGUGGCGGUGGACGGCGGAACAAGGAUGGUGUUUUGCGGCGGUGAUGUAUGUAUGGAGGAUUUGCAGAAAGCUGUGUUGUCGGAGAAACGUAAAUUUUGCAUGAAAUAAGGGUGAAUUAAUAGGUUGCUAUAAAUUGAAUUUUAGAUUAUGAGUUAUGCAAAUAAUCUUGUUUCAUGAACAUGUUAAUUUUUUGUUUUUAUUGUAAUUAAUUACUUCUUUCUAAUUUUAUUAUCUAAUUGAUAAGGAAAACUUGUACAUCACUUUUUCAAGUUAUUAUUUUUUAUCUUGCGUUCA